UAAUAUGCGACGUGAACAAAUGGCGCCAGCCUUAGUGUCAAAGAUACCAAAAUUGUUUAUCGUACCAUUAUGUAAUUGGUAACACAAGCCAGCAACCUUGUAAAGAUAUAAAGCGCAGUUCAUUUUUCCACGUCCUCUUAUCGCUCUUUUUCGCUUUCUCAUCAUAAAAAAAUGUUCUCUACUGCCGUUCGUACCUAUUUAACUCGUCGUUCUAUUCACAUGACCUCUGUUGUUCGCAAUGAAGGCGCUACUGCUGGCUCCAAAGGCUUUGGUGAAAAAGAAAAAGCUGCUGAAAACCAAUGGGCUCGUAAACAUGAUGCUGAAUUACUCAAAAAGUUAAGAGAGAACUUGGAACAACAAGAAAAGCAAACUGCUGAAAUCAAGAAACAGUUGGCUGAAUUGGAAUCAAAGCAAAAGAAAUAAACAUGUAUCAAUAAUAAACUUUGUCUCUGUACAAAAAGAAAUAUUGUAUUUACUUUUAUCUCGUUCAUUUUUUCUCUUUUUAAACAAUCUUACACACAUACACAUACACACGUAUUGUUCACGAGCGGGUCGUCAUUUAAACCUUGAAGCCACGAGAAGAACGCUUACCACGAGCACGUUCGAACUUACGGCCUUCAGAACGGACAUA